GCGGAGCUGAGUGCGGGGAGUGCUGAGCUGUAGCGCGGUUCCACAGCAGCCCUAACAGCAUCCUCCCAGCCAUAGCACAGCCGGGCAAUGCGGACUCUUUCCUGCACUGGCUGACACCUACCUGCCCCACUCAUACAGGAUCUACUAGAAAGCACACAGAGCAAAGUUCCAGGCGGAAGGCAAGAUUUCUUAAUUUCCAUGGAAACCAAACUGUGCUUCAAAGACAAGGGACUGGGGAAUGAAUAUCACUGGUGCAAAGGAUGUCUGAAGCAUUAAAGGACUCAGUCACAUUCUAUUCAUGUAGUUCACAAAACUGUUCCAUCAAAAUGGGGAGGAUAGCAUCAGAGAAGAAUGAGAACAGAACUGAGGAUAUUAAAACCGAAAUGAACACCUGGUUUUAUGCAGCUGGGCUGACCACACCAUAUAAUGACCUUACCAAACCAGAGUUGAUUGACAUAACCAAACUUCUAAGUGUCCAAGUUGUUCUCAUCUUGGCCUACAGUUCUAUUAUUCUCCUGGGAGUAUUGGGAAACAGCCUUGUCAUUUAUGUCGUCAUUAAGUUCAAAACCAUGCGCACAGUCACUAACUUUUUCAUAGUCAAUCUGGCCGUAUCCGAUUUAAUGGUGAAUACAUUGUGCCUGCCUUUCACACUGGUUUACACUCUUCUAGAUGAUUGGAAAUUUGGAACAGUAUUGUGCCAUUUAGUUACAUAUUCUCAAGGUCUUGCAGUUCAGGUAUCCACAGUUACACUGAUGGUUAUAGCCCUGGACAGGCAUCGAUGUAUUGUGUAUCAUUUAGAGAGCAAAAUAUCAACUAAAAUUUGCUUUAUGAUCAUAGGCAUUACAUGGGUUUGCAGUGCUCUGCUAGCCAGUCCAUUGGCGAUCUUCAAGGAGUAUUCUGUUAUUGUUAUCUCAAGUGAUUUCCAAAUUCAAGCAUGCUCUGAAAGAUGGCCAGUUGGAGAUCUUAAUUAUGGUACUAUUUAUAGCAUAUCAAUGCUGUUGAUACAGUACAUAGUACCUCUAGCCAUCAUUUCUUAUGCUUAUAUAAGAAUAUGGACAAAGUUAAAAAAUCACGUUAGUCCUGGUGGAGGAAAUGAUCAUUACCACCAACGGAGACGCAAGACAACUAAGAUGUUAGUGGCUGUGGUAGUGGUGUUUGCAGUGUGUUGGCUUCCCUUUCAUGCCUUUCAGCUUGCAAGUGACAUCGAUGGCAAAGUGCUGGACUUGAACGAGUACAAACUGAUAUAUACAAUAUUCCAUGUAAUUGCCAUGUGCUCCACCUUUGCCAAUCCUCUUCUUUAUGGGUGGAUGAAUAACAAUUAUAGAACUGCAUUUCUCACAGCUUUUAAAUGCGAACAACGGAUGGAUUCUAUACAUCCCGAAGUUUCCGUAGCUAUUCAGCUCAAGAAGAAGCAACUAGAAGUGAAAGAGAUUAAUGGAACAAGUGACAACAGUCAUGGAACUUGCACACCUAUUGCAAACGUGUAAUACUGUAAAGAGGCUGAAAGCAGCCUAACUCAUAAAGUCUUGUUUGCUCUUCUGUGAUCUUUUUUUGGAUCCUACUAGGCACAUCACUAAACAUGCAGCCUAUUGAAACAAUUACCUCUGCUGUUUAAUCUAAAGUGUUUAAAUGACAUAUAAUUAAUUAUUAAAGAUUUCCAGAAGACCUAUGUCUCUGGGAAGAUCAAUAUUUGUGACAGUAAGGAGACACUGGCCAAAGGACAGCAAAGCCUCUACAGUGUAACCCAUGCCUAAACUUAAAAAGGGGUAUGCAACAUCCCCUUUCCAUAAUGUGCACGGGAGUUUGAAUUAAUGCCAAAUACUCAACUGCCUCUUGACAUCAGUAAUCCAGUCUGCUUGUAUAUAUUGUGCAUUAUUAAUGCUGGUUUCGUUGUAAAUAACAUUUAUUAAAAAUAUUGGGAUACUUGUAUAUAUUUAUAUUGUGCAAUAUUCUAAAUGUUUUCUCAUGGACUUGCAUGCACUGGCUAAGUAAAAUGUAACACAAAUAUAUUUAUCUGUUAUUUUUGUAAAGACUUAUGGUAUUUUGAUAUAUAUUGAUAAACACUAUAAAUAUAAACGUUAUCUGCAAGACCAGGGAUUUUUUAGCCAUUGGUAAGGUACAACUUCCAGCAACAUGAUGGAAGCACCGGUGUCAGGAUGUCAGCUGGAAAGAUACUGGUUAGAAAUGCCUUUAGUAUACACUUUGGUGUUAAUAAUUGAAAUGAUACUAGGCAGCUUUGCCUUUGUUGAUAAUAAAGUGUAGUUAUCACUAAUCUAAUGCUACAUAGUCCUGCAGUCGACUUAAAGCUUUCCAAAACAGUAUGCCUGGAAUCAAGUAGUAAAUUAACUUCUGUAUAUUUUUGUAUAGUGGUGAGAUGGUUGGAUGGGUUUCCAUUCAGUAUUUUACAGUGCCAACUGCCAGUCUCUCUUUUCUGGAGAUGAUGACCAGGUCAGGCAAAAUAGUAAAUGGUUUGUACAUUGUGGCAAGUUGGUUGGAUGGGUUCCCUAUCAGUAUUCUACAGUGCCAUUCUUUCUCUCUUUCUCGCAGGUUACACAAAAUGCCUCUCUAUUGGGCCAACCUAUAGAACACGAAUAGUUCAUUAUUUAAUGUUUUUACAUGAACUGUCAGGAAAUCGUGCUUGAAUUAUUUAUCUUGUGCUAGACUCGUUCUCCCAUGAGAGGGAAGGUAUGAGCAAGAUGUACAGUAUGAUGUGCCUUUGAAAAUAAAAGCAGCAGACUUUACAAAGAAGAUUUCUGACAGGUGCGUCAUCAUAAAUGGAAAUUAGCACCAAAGAUAUUUUUGACUUCAUAUGUUAAAAAGGAUAAUUAUAUUUUUUUUUAUUCUCUAUUUUCAUGCAUAUAGUUGUCAUAAUGAAUGUUUUAUUUUACAUUUUCCUUACAGAGCUAGCAUAGGAGAAUAUAUAUACUAGACAUUACUUUAAGUUCUCUCUGUACAGGUAAUGACCACAUUUUUUGCCUUUUCUAUUCCCACAUCCUGUUAUUUUCUGUUUCUGUAAUCUUGGCAACACCUCAUUUAUGUCAGACUAUAGCACUGCCCACAAGGCCACUGUCUGUCCUGUUGGGAGAUCAUUCCAAUAUAUGACUAAAAUGGGCAGGAAUGCUUGGGAAGGACAAAAGAAACUGGUUAAGACAAGAAAGGUCAGAAUCUAGAAAUUCAUUAUAGACAGUAUGCAAACGCUACAUAAUAAAUAUAAUAUUAUGUUUUAGUCUUCAUAUUUAUCUUAAAGUGGA